GUUAAAAGCCAGAGUGAGCGGGACCGGAGGGGCGGGGCAUCAUAUUGGUGGGGGAGGGCCGAGAGGGAGGCUCCGGCGGCCAUCUUGAGCCCGUCUUUUACUUCCGGCUGCGUCUGCUGGUAACUCUGCCGCCGGAGCAUCGUGUACCCUUUGGUUCAAGCAAAAAACAGUCAACAAUUGGACAGUUUUCAGGAACUAAUUCUCUGGAAAUUAAUGAGAUUACUCUACUAAUAGGAGAAGAAUGGCAUUGAAGCAGAUUUCCAGCAACAAGUGCUUUGGGGGAUUGCAGAAAGUUUUUGAACAUGACAGUGUUGAACUGAACUGCAAAAUGAAAUUUGCUGUCUACCUACCACCAAAGGCAGAAACUGGAAAGUGCCCUGCGCUGUAUUGGCUCUCAGGUUUAACUUGCACAGAACAAAAUUUCAUAUCAAAAUCUGGUUAUCAUCAAGCUGCUUCAGAACAUGGUCUUGUUGUCAUUGCUCCAGACACCAGCCCUCGUGGCUGCAAUAUUAAAGGAGAAGAUGAGAGCUGGGACUUUGGCACUGGUGCUGGAUUUUAUGUUGAUGCCACCGAAGAUCCUUGGAAAACCAACUACAGAAUGUACUCUUACAUCACGGAGGAGCUUCCCCAACUCAUAAAUGCCAAUUUUCCAGUGGAUCCCCAAAGGACAUCUAUUUUUGGCCACUCCAUGGGAGGCCAUGGAGCUCUGAUCUGUGCUUUGAAAAAUCCUGGAAAAUACAAAUCUGUGUCAGCAUUUGCGCCAAUUUGCAACCCUGUACUCUGUCCCUGGGGCAAAAAAGCCUUUAGUGGAUAUUUGGGAACAGAUCAAAGUAAAUGGAAGGCAUAUGAUGCUACCCAUCUUGUGAAAUCCUAUCCAGGUUCUCAGCUGGACAUACUAAUUGAUCAAGGAAAAGAAGACCAGUUUCUUUUAGACGGACAGUUACUCCCUGAUAACUUCAUAGCUGCCUGUACAGAAAAGAAAAUCCCCGUUGUUUUUCGAUUACAAGAGGGCUAUGAUCAUAGCUACUACUUCAUUGCAACCUUUAUUACUGAUCACAUCAGACAUCAUGCCAAAUACCUGAAUGCGUGAAAACUCCAAAUAAGAGAAUCUCUUCAGGAUUAUAAAAGUUGUAAAAUACAACUGUAUUGCUGAGCAAAAAACAUUUCAAAACAUUGGCUUUUAUAAUGCUAAAAGGGCUUUAUUCUACAGUUGAAUCACAACUGAAUAAAGAUAUAAAACCUA